GCAACGCACCGUUUUUCAAAUUCAAGUAUUCAACAGUGAUUUUCCGAUUCCGGUGCAGAGAUGUAUCUCUGUCUUCCUCACUACGUCUCUAUCAAAUUGCCUGCAUUUCACUCUCCACAGAGGGACUUUAAGCUUCGCGCGGUUUCAAUGUCCGCAACUGAAGUCGCCAAUCACGUUCCGCCGGCUCCGAUUUCGCUCCCUCAUGGGCCUUGGAAGCAGAUUCCCGGCGGAGUUACGGCGGCGGAGGGGUUUAAAGCGGCUGGUUUAUACGGCGGAUUGCGCGCCAAAGGUGACAAACCUGAUCUUGCACUUGUCACCUGUGACGUUGAUGCCAUUUCUGCUGGAUCAUUUACUACAAAUGUGGUAGCAGCUGCACCGGUGUUAUACUGCAAAAGUAUAUUAAACACUUCGAAAACGGCGCGGGCAGUUUUGAUAAAUGCUGGCCAAGCCAAUGCAGCAACGGGUGAUGCAGGUUAUCAAGAUGUAAUAGAAAGUGCCAGCGGCCUUGCAAAGCUACUUCACAUAAGACCAGAGGAAGUGCUGAUUGAAUCCACUGGCGUGAUUGGGCAAAGAAUAAAAAAGGAAGCACUUUUAAAGUCUCUACCGAACCUGGUGAAAUCACUAUCACCUGCAACUAAGGGAGCAGAUGAUGCAGCAGUGGCAAUCACAACUACUGACCUUGUUAGCAAGAGUGUAGCAAUUCAGUCUCAGGUUGGAGGGACAAGCAUUAGAGUCGGGGGAAUGGCAAAAGGUUCCGGGAUGAUCCACCCAAAUAUGGCUACCAUGCUUGGUGUAGUAACAACUGAUGCCGUGGUUAGCAGUGAUGUUUGGAGAAAAAUGGUUCAAAUUGCUGUAAAUAGAAGCUUCAACCAGAUAACAGUAGACGGAGAUACCAGUACCAAUGAUACUGUCAUUGCCUUAGCUAGUGGAUUGUCUGGAUCAACCAAGAUAUCAACCUUUAACAGUAAUGAGGCAGUACAACUUCAAGCAUGUCUUGAUGUGGUAAUGCAAGGUCUUGCCAAAUCAAUAGCUUGGGAUGGAGAAGGAGCAACAUGCCUAAUUGAGGUCACAGUGACUGGUGCAGGCAGUGAGGCUGAAGCAGCAAAGAUAGCGCGGUCUGUGGCAUCUUCUUCGCUUGUCAAGGCUGCAGUAUAUGGAAGAGAUCCAAACUGGGGACGCAUCGCCGCUGCAGCAGGCUAUGCGGGCAUUUCUUUUGAUCAAACUAAACUCCGAGUAUUGCUAGGUGAUACUCUGCUCAUGGAUGGUGGGGAACCACAAUCCUUCGACAGGAAUGCUGCUAGUGACUACCUCAGGAAAGCCGGUGAGAUCCAUGGCACAGUUGUAAUCAAUGUCACUGUAGGUGAUGGACCGGGGUGUGGUCAAGCCUGGGGCUGUGACCUGAGCUACGAUUACGUCAAAAUAAAUGCCGAGUACACAACAUAGAUUUACUCAUCUUCUCCUUCUGCCUACCCCUGACACAGUUUUCAGUCUCAUUUUCAUUUUCAAUCCAAAUGCACUUUCAUAUCGAGUUGAAUGCAGAACACUCGCAGCCUGUUAACGCAGCCAUAUAGUAUCCAGUCUGUAAGAAUUUAUGAUUAAGGAUUUUACCUCUAGUUACUAAUUUAAUCCUGUGCCAUAAAUACAAAACCUAUAUUUGAAGUCACAAAAUUUAGU